UGCGCCGCAUUCAUUCUCCGCUCUGAGUUUUCGGGAGGUUGUGGGUUGGUGGCGACUACGUGCGCAUAAUCAGUUUUGCUGUACUGUUGGCCCCAAACAUUGUGGCGUACUUAUUUGUGUGGCAGUUCUUCUGCUAGCAUUUCUUGGGGUGAAAGGCAGCUGCACAGAGUGACCGACAAUGAGCGACAUCCAGAGCUGGUUCAACAGCCUGCCGCAGUUCACGCGGCUGUGGUUCGGCCUGACGGUGGUCUUCACGCUCGUGGGACGCUUCGGGCUGGUCUCGGCCUACUACCUGGCACUGCUGUAUGAACCUCUCUUCAAGCAGUUGCAGAUAUGGCGUCCGGUGACAGCGCUGUUCUGGUACCCAUUGAGUCCGCAGACUGGGUUCCACUUCCUCAUCAACCUGUACUUCCUGUACAAUUACUCACUUCGUUUGGAAACAGGCAUAUUCGCCCGCAGCCCGGCUGAUUACCUGUUCAUGCUGCUGUUCAACUGGUUCUGCUCGGUAGUGGUCGGCCUCUUCAUGAAUUAUCCGAUGUUGAUGGACCCGAUGGUGAUAUCGGUGCUGUACGUCUGGUGCCAGCACAACCGCGACACCAUCGUCAGCUUCUGGUUCGGCACACAGUUCAAGGCCAUGUAUCUGCCUUGGGUGCUGAUGCUCUUCAACCUCAUCAUAGCGGGCGGCGGUGCCAUGGAGUUGGCUGGCAUUCUCAUCGGACAUCUCUACUUCUUCUUGGUGUUUAAAUACCCUCAGGACUUCGGCGGCCCGGCGCUGCUGCGCACACCGCAGUUCCUGUACAACUACCUACCCAACACGUCUGGCGGCAUGGGCGGCUUCGGCGCGCCGCCGCAGCGGCCCGCGGCCGCCGCCGGUGCCGGCGCUGGUGCCGGAGCCGCCUUCCGGAACUGGGGAGCCGGCCAUCGCCUGGGACGGCAGUGAGCCGGCCGCGAGCAGCGCCUGGUCGGCUGCCGCGGAGACCGACCGUGGGAGGUGCGGUCGCUGCUGGGCCGCCGACGAGCCCGGGACCGUCGGGCGGAGUCGGAGGCGGCGGGCCGUGCUCGGAGCGGGGGCCGGAGCUCGUGUUUGGUGGGGACGGACACGGCCGGCUGCCCGGUUCCAGCGGCUCGAUCCCCGCCGUCUCGAUGUCGUUUGGUGGGGACGGACACGGCCGGCUGCCCGGCUCCAGCGGCUCGAUCCCCGCCGUCUCGAUCCCCGCCGUCUCGAUGUCGUUUGGUGGGGACGGACACGGCCGGCUGCCCGGCUCCAGCGGCUCGAUCCCCGCCGUCUCGAUGUCGUUUGGUGGGGACGGACACGGCCGGCUGCCCGGCUCCAGCGGCUCGAUCCCCGCCGUCUCGAUGUCGUUUGGUGGGGACGGACACGGCCGGCUGUCCGGCUCCAGCGGCUCGAUCCCCGCCGUCUCGAUGUCGUUUGGUGGGGACGGACACGGCCGGCUGUCCGGCUCCAGCGGCUCGAUCCCCGCCGUCUCGAUCCCCGCCGUCUCGAUGCCUUUUGGUGGGGACGGACACGGCCGGCUGCCCGGCUCCAGCGGCUCGAUCCCCGCCGUCUCGAUGCCGUUUGGUGCGGACGGACACGGCCGGCUGCCCGGCUCCAGCGGCUCGAUCCCCGCCGUCUCGAUGCCGUUUGGUGGGGACGGACACGGCCGGCUGCCCGGCUCCAGCGGCUCGAUCCCCGCCGUCUCGAUCCCCGCCGUCUCGAUGCCGUUUGGUGGGGACGGACACGGCCGGCUGCCCGGCUCCAGCGGCUCGAUCCCCGCCGUCUCGAUCCCCGGUGUCUCGAUGCCGUUUGGUGGGGACGGACACGGCCGGCUGCCCGGCUCCAGUGGCUCGAUCCCCGCCGUCUCGAUGCCCGCUGUCGGCCAUCGGCUGGUGUUCGCUGCCGGACGCCAGCUAGAUCAGCAGCAGAGCGGGAGCGGCGCCGCGGCAGGCCGCGGCUGCUGCUGAUGCGGUCCAGGGGGCCGACGUCUGCGAGGGCAGCAGCGGCCGAAUGUGGGUACGUGGAGUAGGUGUGGCUGGCGUCUCGGAGUUGGGGUGGGUCGGAGCGGCGCCGACGGUGUCUCGAAGUGGUGCGGGCUCUGCUGACUGGUAGAGACAGCAAGUUGAGCAGGUGGAGGCUUUGCUCGUUGGGCCAUUUCAGGGCUGCCACUUGGCGCGCCCCGUUUGUGUUUUACGUCGGCUAUGCGUUGUGUACUAAGCAAAUUCAAGAAGUGCGUGUGAUUUGUAUCCCGUCACAUAUUCUUGUUUGUGCUGCGGUGUGAACAUAACUUUCGAAACGGGCAAUACCGUAUUAUACGGUCAGAUUGCCUCGCUGCGGGCACCUUGUGAUGAAUUCUACCGCGGUGCACCGAUUCAAUGUUCUGUGUCGUAAAACGUUGCCUGCCGAUAUAAUAUUGGUCUCAUUUCGGCGACACUGAGUGGCGUUUUCAUGUCGAGAAUGAUGGCAUCAAUCGAUUCGGUCAUUGGCGUGGUCGCACGAAAAUAACUACUCCACUUAAGAAGAAGGCUGCGGUGGGCUGUCAUCGUCCAAAGCAUUGAUAUAACUGUGUGCAGUGCUUGGUGUUCUGUUUCACUUUUGUGCGGGAAGGCGUGCUUCGUGUUCUGCCUGUUAUGUUUUGUAUCGGAAUAUAUGCCAAGCG